AUGUGCAAGUCAUCACCUGGCUCUACAACAUCAUUAUUUUCGGCAAAAGAUACACUGAAGUUACCAAGAGCACAAAAUCUAGAAGGUACUACAUUGAUAUGGUUUGAUUCAUCUAUUAAUGAAAAUGAAGAAGAUACAAGAUUAACUCAAAAAGAACUUAGAGAUAUAAGUGAUUAUGUGGUGUUUCAUACUGAAGAACAAACGUGUAUAGAUUAUAUUAAAUCAAUCAAGAAUGAAAGAAUCUUUCUUGUAACAUCAGGUCGAUGUGCUUCUUCUUUACUUUCACAAAUUGAACAUAUUCGACAAAUUCUUGCCAUUUUUAUUUUUUGUUUACAUCCAGAAAAAUAUGCAAAUCUAAUUAAUAAUUACACAACAAUUGGGGGAAUCUACUGUGAACGUCGCGAUCUCAUACGUUCUAUUCGAGAAAAUAUUAUUUAUGCGGAAAAACAAUUGGAAGUAUUCAGUUUCUAUAAUCAAUCGGGAGAGAAAUGCACGCGUGAUCUAUCCAAAGAAUCAGCUACAUUUCUUUGGUUUCACUUAUUUAAAGAGGUUAUUUUAAAGAUGCCAAGAGACAAUCAAGCUAAAGAACAGAUGAUUCAGUUUUGUCGUAAAUAUUACUACGAAAAUGAACGUCAAUUAUCAUUAAUUGAUGAAUUCCAACGAGAUUAUAUCUCAGAACAUGAUGCUAUUAGAUGGUAUACAAAAGAAUCAUUUCUUUACAAGUUAGUAAAUAAAGCAUUGAGAACUGAAGAUAUUGAACAACUUUAUACAUUUCGAUUUUUCAUAUCUGAUUUAUCUUCACGUCUCGCAAUUGAAUUUCAAAAGCUUAAGAGACAAGAAGAAUUUCUUCUUCUCUAUCGUGGCCUUCGAAUGCAAGUUGACGAGUUAUCUACUCUAAGAUGCAAUGAAGGUAGUCUAAUUGCAACAAAUGGUUAUCUAUCUACAACACGUUCAAAAGAAGUUGCUUCGAAAUUUGCAAAACAAAACACGAAUAUGGGACGAGAUCGUAUAUCAGUUCUAUAUGAAAUUCAUUGUAAUUUACAAGAAUUAAAAUCAACAAUGACUUUGGCUGAUAUUAGUGUUCUCAGUGAAUUUAUCAAUGAACAGGAAGUUUUAUUCGAUAUUGGUACAACUUUUAAAAUUAUGUCUAUAAAGGAAAAUAAAGAAGAAAAUUUAUGGAUUGUACGACUAAGAACAACCGACAAAGGCGUUACACUUGCUCAAGAUUAUGUUAAACUUCAUGAAGGAGAAGGAGAGAAAACGAAUUAUACAAUUGUAUUCGGUAAACUACUUAUAGCAAUGGGAAAAUAUGAUCAAGCCUUAAGAUAUUUUCAAACUUUAUUAAAAGAAACGCAAGUAGAAGAAGAUAUGGCAAAUAUCUACAAUCAGAUUGGUAAAAUCUAUCGUUUAAUAGAUAAAUUUAAGGAAGCAAUGGAAAACUAUCAACUUGCUCAUGAUUUGACUUUGAAUUGUUAUCCAAUUCGAAUAAGACAAGCUUCAAAAGCGCUUAAUAAUAUUGCUAUUAUUUUUCGUAAAUGGUGUCAAUAUGAAAAAGCACUUCAAUUACAUUUACAAACUUUACAUAUGAAAGAAGAUUAUUAUGGUAAACAACAUUUAGAAACGGCAAAGACAUUGAAAAAUAUUGGUUCAAUUUAUGAGGAAACACAACAGUAUAAUUAUGCGUUAGACUUUUAUCAACAUUGCCUAACAAUUCAACAGAAACACUUUCCAAACGAUCAUAUUGAUAUUGCAGCGUCUCUUGAAAAUAUUGGUAAAGUUUAUUAUAAGAUGAAUUAUCUUGAUCUUGCGCUCAAUCAUCUUCGUACUUCUUUAACAAUACGACAGAAGCUUCUACCUCCUGAUCAUAAUGAUAUUGCUAGAAGUUUAAUGAACAUUGCAAAUAUCUAUGCUGAUCAAAACCACUUUCACAUAGCAUUAGAAUAUUAUUUUAAAGCAUUAGAUAUACAACAGAAAAUUUUCGAUAUCAAUGGCGAACAUCGUGAUAUAGCAACGACUCUCAGAAAUAUUGGACUUGUCUAUGAGAAUCUAUUGAAUCAUUCAACUGCCACUCAAUUCUAUCAGAAAGCAUUAGAUAUGAAUGAAAAACUGUCCUCAACUGACCAUCUUACAUUAAGCAAACUGAAUAAUAAUAUUACAACAUUGACUAAAAAUAAAUAA